GACACGUCCACACCGCAGCGCCGAGACGUCCUGGACCUCUGGCUAGGCUCGGCUCCCCUCGUCCCCUCUCCCCUCACCCCAAGCCUAAGACGCUCCGGCACCCCCAACCCCUUCCUCUUUCCCCUUUCUUUCUUUCUUCCCUCCCCCAGCCUGCCCCUUCCCUUCCCUCCCUGACUCCUUUCGCGGAACUGUGUGGAGGGUGCAAGCGGCGGAAGAGAAGGAGCUCCGAGGAUACGCUGUCGGGCCCACCAGGAAGAAGGAGUGUGUCCGGGCCUACGUGUCUCCUGUGACGGGCGUCGGGAGGCACUCCGCGGCGGGCACCUUGCUCUUAGAAGGAAGUAAGAAAGAGAGCGAGCGCGAGAGGUGGAGACGGAGACAGACAGAAAUGUAGUCUAUGACCUGACGAGACUGACCAGUAGAGAGAUAGAUAAAUACAGAAAGACAGACACAGUAUUAUCUCGCGCCGCCGUGUGUCCCUCCCUCCCUCCCUCCCUUCCUCCCUCCUUUGCUCUCGCCGGCGCCAUGGACCAGAUAUUAAAGUGACCGGGCUGCUCUCACCUGCCGCGCUAUGAAAGAUUGUCUCCCCUGGUCGUCGUCCCCGCCACCACGACUACCUCUCCGGGUCGUGGUGGUCCUCCUCCUCACACACCUGUCAGCCGCCUCAGCAGAGGGGAGCCGCAGGAACUCCUGGUUCGACUCCAACUUCACCCUCCAGCUUCCGGAGAACUUCCCGCCCAACACGACUAUCCUCCAGCUGGCCCCCGUGUUCCCCCGUCCUCCCCAACCCCGCCCCGACCUGUUCGGGGCGGGGGACACCAGCUCCACUUUAGCCGAGCUUGACGUGCCCAAGGAGGAUAACUGGGGUGUUGGCGUGGAAAUGGUGCUGCUGUCAAACCCUCGGAAACUCUUCCAAAUACAGCAGGAUCCUAAAACUGGAUUGAUGUCCUUAAGCCUACAACGACCCCUCAACCGCAGCGACUAUGUAAGAUAUGACAGCUACUCGGUGGAGGCUGUGAUCGGCCCCGCAGGCUACAAACAACCGGACUCGGGCUACACGAAAAGCAAACGAGGGGGAGGUAAUGGCAGGAACGGAAACGGGAAGAGAAGAGUCGGCGGCGGGGGAAGACCGGACGACAAGGACAACUGUAUAGAAAACAGGAGAGAGAAGAAGGGAGAACAACACAAAGACUUAAUAUACGUCAAAAUCUACGUAACAAAGGAAUUCUCGUGCAGAUCUCCGCCAGCGGCCGCAUGUUACCUACCCAAGGAGUCUCUCAAGCUUAUCCAAUGGGAGAACCGGCCGUCCUCAAUACUUCUGGGCCUCCCGUCCCCUGCCACCACGUGCCCGGAUCUCACUGCUUACUACAACAUCUCUAUGACGUCCCCGCCAGGUAACAGCAAGUGGGAGCCCGAACUAAGUACUCUGGAGAGGCAGCUGAUCGUGAACGCGAGGAGAUUGGACAGAGAGGAGCGAGGGGACGAGAUCAGCUUCAGUGUCACCUGUAUUUUAAAGCACAAGGGGAAGCCAGUGCUGACGCCACAGACGGAAGGAAUGCUCAUCAUUCUGGACGAAGAUGACUCGCCGCCUAUCAGGAGUCGCAGCCCAAUUGUCGAGUGGCACUACAGCAACAAGACCAGCGACUUGGAUGAUCAGCUUCUGGUAGUGGAUGCAGAUCUGUCAGACACCAAUAACUACGAGGUGGAACUGGUGGGCUCCACACACAACCUGGUCAUCAUAGAGAGCGUCAACAAGUUCAGUGUGAGGAAGGAGAUUUGCACACAGGAAGUGAAAGGCAUAAAUUUCACUGCCAACUGCACCAUCCUCACCCCACUCCUUAAGCUGAACCAGCCCCACCUGUAUGCUGGGGCACUGCUCUCCUGGAACCAGAGUUACCUUCAGAAAAUACACUUCUCUGUUGUCUUCAUCGACAUGUCCAUGAUUACUACAUCUGAGGAGUCCCGCAAGGUGAUGUACAACAUGACACUGUCGGUGCCACAUAUCAUGGACUACGGGCUUGCAAGCACCACCAUCGCUCCGCCCCUUGACCCAGAGUGUGCUGAGAGACAGUCGGAGCAGCAGCGUCUGCUGCAGGAGCUGCCACCUGCAGACUUGAACAUCACCAUUACUCUGCCUGCCACCCGCUACCAGCGCCUGGGUCAGCUCACCAGUCCAGAGAUUGACUAUCACCUGGCAGUCUGUCUUCCUCCCACCAUCAACUUCACCAUCAUGGAGGAGCCUGGAGACAGUGGUGGAGCUGGCCUGGGCAUCACUCCCCUCACUGGCAUCCUGUAUGUGACUGACCCAGUGCUGCUGAGGAGUGGCAAGUUUGUGGUGGAGAGAGGCAACAGCACCAUCACAACCAUUAUCAACCUGGAGGUGCUAGAGAGCAAAGACUCUGAUCUGGUGGAGAGAUGCAAGCACAAGCCUUCCCUCCCUCCAUCAUUCCCUCCCUCCCUUUCCCAGCCCAUGGAGACCAUUGAGACUGAGGAUGGAAUAGAGGAAGUUGAGGCAGAAGUGUGGUGUGCCUCUUUCUUCUACAAAAGCGAGUGUGAGGCAGCAUGCGGGGAGGGCAGCGCUGGUGCCUGUCAGUGGCGUCCCAACCGAGCCUUGCAGUUCAGAAGCAAAGAGUACGCCACCUGCUCUCCCAACUUCACUACCUGCCCUGACCAGGUUUGCGAUGAGCUGGAGAUGAGCUUCCACAGUGUGUGUCCCCAAGACUGCACAGGAAAGGACUGGAUCAAGAGCCAACAGAUAGAACUGGGGCCAGAUGACCAAGGUAUUGCUGCUGGCUUUGGCGUCUGCUCUUGUAAUUCUGCUGGUUGCCAAUGCUUCCCUGCUAGCAAGGACCCACCCACCAACCCUGAGCUGCCCCACAUUGAACGGAAAUUGCCCCAUGGUUGUAACAGUGCGUGCAAGAUAGGAGUAAGUGUGGCAGGUCUUGCUUUCUUCAGCCUCACCCUCAUCUGCAUUAUAUUUUGCAGAUGGCGGGUCAAGAAGCAGGGGAAGCAGAAGGGAGGUGGCAUCUCUCUGGGCAACCUGACCAAUGACGACCGCUCUUCCUCCACACCCUACAACUCCCGGGAGACACACGACUCAGUCAUCUAUGGCAUCAGACCGUCUCCUCGCAACGACAAUAUCAGUCUUGUCCCGGCCCUCAACCUUUCUAUUGACCGGAAGUGGGAGUUUCCCCGAAAUCGACUGGUGAUUGAACAGACACUAGGAGAAGGAGAGUUUGGGAAGGUCAUGAAAGCUAAAGCCCAAGGGAUUGGUGGUAACCUUGGCUACACAACUGUGGCAGUCAAAAUGCUCAAGUCCAACAGCACCCCUGCAGAGCUUGCUGACCUGCUGUCUGAGUACUCCCUCCUGAAAGACGUAUCUCACCCUAAUGUGGUGAAGCUCCUUGGGGCCUGCACGUCAGAGGGUGGCCCCAUCUACAUCAUCAUUGAGUAUUGCCAGUAUGGUUCACUCAGAAACUAUCUAAAGAGAUCACGUCACGCUGAGUUUGAAAACCGUGUAGGGUCAGGUCCUGCUGAGGGAACAACAGCAGACUAUGCCAUCACACCCAAGGAUAUUCUGUCCUUCGCGUGGCAGAUCUGCAAGGGAAUGGCCUACCUCACGGAUAUGAAGCUGGUUCAUCGUGACUUAGCAGCAAGAAAUGUUUUGUUGGCAUCAGGGAAAGUCUGCAAAAUUUCUGACUUUGGACUGACCAGGGAUGUUUAUGAAGGAGACUGGUACAUCAAAAGGAGUGAAGGACGAGUGCCUGUGAAGUGGAUGGCACUGGAGAGUCUAGUGGACCACGUCUACACCAGCAAGAGUGACGUGUGGGGCUUUGGUGUGCUGCUGUGGGAGCUGGUGACCCUGGGCACUCCGCCCUACCCAGGAGUCACACCAGAGCGACUCUUCUCUCUCCUAAAGGGUGGCUACCGCAUGGAGAAACCAGAAAACUGCUCCCCAGAACUGUACAGUCUGAUGCUGCAGUGCUGGGCAGAGGACCCAGCAAGACGGCCUUGCUUCCAGGACUUGACAGACAUCUUUGACUCAAUGAUUCAGGCUGAUGUGGAAUAUCUAGAGCUACGUUCCCUCAUUGUCACCAACCGAGGCUACUUUGACAGUCUCCCUGAGCCCUUGCCCCCAGUCUUGGAUGCACCACCUCAGUUUCAGGACUCCCCACAGCAGAGCCAGGAGCUGGAGCAGCAGGCCUCACCACCCCAGCUGCCACCACAGCUCAGGCUGGAGGAAGUCCACACUCCAAGAUCACCUGACUGGUCACCACCAGAGUUAGAAGAGGAGCAGGUGGACCCUGACUCCUAUCUUGUGGCUCGCACCGCCCUCACCCGACCCCGCAGGGAGGAGUCCAGUGAGCCGCUGCUUGGCUCCCCCUCUGCCACCACCCAUGCCCCCACCAUCACCACCUCCCAUGCCCACAACCCUGCCUACUCCCCAACCAGAGAGACACCUCCACCGCAACAUCCGCACACCCAUCCGCCUCUCCAUUACUCCACCCUGGCCACUCGUCCUGAUGAGGAGGACGCCCACACCCUGGAGUGUAGUCGGAGUGAAGAGGACUCAGACAGUGGACGGGCCACUGGGGACUCUGGUUAUGCCACAGAGGAAGGCCGUGGCCGGUGGCGGGCUGAGCACAAGAGUGGCAGCCGGGCACCACAAGCCUCCUCCCCACGGGGCUCGUCUUACUCCCCUGUUCCCCGGCACGAUGACCCUGAGGAUGACCCUGAAGAUGACCAGGACACGUCAGAGGACCUGGAGGAGAGACAGGAGCUGCUGGCUGAGGACCUUCUGGGGCACCUCACGCCAAGCCCAGAGCCCGCCCAUACCGCCCAUAGCACCACCCGCACCGCCCACACCAGUCAUGCCGCCCACCUCACUGCGGUUAUCGUGUGAGCUUCCCUUCCUCUCCUGCACACGACCACACCACCACCACCAUCACCGUUACCACUGCUCCACCUCUCUCAGAGUGGACGAGCUGUGCAGCGCUGGAGCACCUAAAGCCUCUUUAGUAUUUGGUCCCCUCUUAACCUUGUGAUGCCA